AUGAGCAGUGAUCAGAAGACCCAGGAACCAGUGGCCUUCGUGGUCGAACACCUGGAUCCCGAGCUGGGGCCAUGGUCCGCGCUCGAAUAUGCCUGCAUCGCGCGCGAAUCGCAUGCCCGCGGCGCCCGCUUCCUGCUCUCUUCUGUGCCUACUGAGCUGCAGAUGCCCGCCGACUUAACCGCCACCGCUGGCUUUGAGGUUGAACAUCGCAGCGUCGAGGAGAUCUUUGCGGACCGCAAGGACAAGGUCUGUCUGCUCGAUCCUGCCGCCACCACCGAAUUGAACCCCCAAGAUGGAGAUCACUUUGAAGUCUUUCUGUUCGGUGGCAUCCUCGGCGACGACCCACCCAGAGAUCGCACUUCCGAAUUACGGAAAAAGGGCUAUGUCGGCCGACGGCUUGGUCCCAAGCAGAUGACCACCGAUACUGCCGUGCGAGUAACCCGCAUGGUGGUGCAUGAGCGCGUGCCCCUCGAGCAAAUAUCCUACGUUGACUAUCCGGAAAUUUUGAUCAACGAGCACGAGCGGACUGAAAUGCCGUUUCGCUACGUGCAAGAUGCUCAAGGCCAGCCUAUCAUGCCGGAUGGGAUGGUGGAUCUGAUCAAGAAGGACGCCGACAAGGGCGUCGGCGAUCUUUUCUAA